GAUUAUUGGAAAGGCUCAUGCUCAUCUCUGAAUAUCGAGCAUUGAACAAACCACAAAAGUUUUACUCUAGAGAAAAUCAGUUCACCAGAAUUAUAAUUGAACUUCAACGAUUAAAUUACGAGUCAACAAUUAACCAUUUGUGGAUUUUUGGUUUCUGUUUUUUUUUGUUACUUGUUAGUUUGUUUUUCUGUGAUCAUUUGUAAUAAUCAAGAAGUUUCAUCAUCAUCGAGAAUUGGUAACAAUUAAUCAACCAUGAGUUCCAUUAGGUCAGGUAAAUUUAGCUACAAACCUCCAGGAAGUAGCAGUGGACACUCGGACUUUGAAUAUGGACCAGACAUUGGAGCUCAUACUCGAUUCGAGAAAUCUGACCAGAAAACGAUUGAAUUAAAACGUAAGAUGAGGCCACUUCGUAUACGAAUGCUGGACGGGUCAGUUAAAACUGUCCUUGUCGACGAAUCCCAAACAGUGGCCAAUUUAAUGGUGAUAAUUUGUACGAAAAUAGGUUUAACAAAUCACGAUGAAUACAGUUUGGUUCGUGAAGUGGCCGAUGAACUGAAGAAAAGUGACCAUUCAAGUCGGACAUUAACUCUUCGUAGAGAGAAACGAGAUAAAGAUAAAACAGUGGACCAAACAAUGGAAACGCUUAAGAAAAAAUUGAAAACCGAUGAUGAUCUUGAUUGGGUUGACCAGUCGAAAACUUUACCUGACCAAGGGAUCGGUGAAAAUGAGACACUUUUAUUGAGGAGAAAAUUUUUCUUCUCCGAUUCAAAUAUCGAUUCUGGUGACCCUGUUCAGCUUAACCUUUUGUACGUUCAAACUCGAGAUGCGAUUAUCAAAGGUACUCACCCAGUGACCCAGGAACAAGCGAUAACCUUUGCUGGGAUUCAAUGUCAAAUUCAAUAUGGUGACCAUUCAGAAUCUAAACAUCGAACAGGAUUUCUUGAUCUAAAAGAUUAUCUUCCCAAGGAAUUGGUUAAAGUGAAGCGAAUUGAGAAAUUUAUCUUUACCGCUCAUCGUAAACAAUUUGGCCUCAGUGAACUUGAUGCUAAAGUUAAAUACGUUCAAUUGGCUCGAUCGCUGAAAACUUAUGGUGUCACCUUUUUCCUGGUCAAGGAAAAGAUUAAAGGGAAAAAUAAAUUGUCACCAAGAUUAUUGGGGGUUACCAAAGAUUCAGUUUUACGACUUGACGAAAGGACCAAAGAGAUUCUCGAAACAUGGCCGCUUACAACGGUCAAGCGUUGGGCUGCCUCACCUAAUUCAUUUACUCUUGAUUUUGGUGAUUAUUCUGAUUCAUAUUAUUCAGUUCAAACGAAUGAAGGUGAACAGAUCGCUCAAUUGAUCGCUGGUUAUAUUGAUAUCAUUUUGAAACGGAAAAAGGCUAAAGAUCAUUUUGGAAUUGAAGGUGAUGAAGGUUCGACUAUGGUUGAAGAUUCGGUUGCACCUUACAAGGCGACAAUCCUUCAGUACCAACCAGCACCUUCACCUAAAUUAGCACAGCCCGAAGUUAAUUCCAUAGCAAUGCCUGCGGUUUUACGAGCAGCCACCAAAGAGCCUGAGAUAACCAUUGAGAGAUCGAUGCCUCCCGUUCAAAUGACCACCGUUAAGGGUCACGCUCAUGUUGGACAUGUUCCAAGUAAUGAGAUUAAAAAACCAGCGAUUCAUUCAACUGGACUUUCUGGUCCUCAAAGGGCUUUAUUGUCAACUAUUGAGGCCGGUAAAGAGGUUAUCAAAAAGGCGGAGAAAGAGUUGUCAUCAAAGGCUCGAUUACCGGACAUUGGUAACGAUCCAAGUGCUAAGAAAUGGAAGCAAAGUCAAAUGGAUGUUAAGAAACAAAAUGUGGCCUCUCAAUUGUCCGCGAUGAAUGCGGCUACAGCUCAAUUGGUCACUUUAACUGGAGUUCCACCUAAAGAGUUGGAAACAAUGGCUCCAGCGAUUGGCGCUGCUGUUUCGACAAUUACAUCUAAUUUACCGGAAAUGUCCAAAGAUGUUCGAGUUAUCGCCACACUUAUGGAAGACGAAGCCAAAGGAGAUGAACUUUUGGAUGCAGCUCGUCGAUUAUGUAAAGCCUUUUCCGAUCUUCUCAAAGCCGCUGAACCAACAAGUAAACCAAGUCGACCUCAACUUCUUAAUUCAGCUGGACGAGUUGGUGAAGCUUCUCAUGCCGUUCUUGCAACUAUCGGCGAAGAAGAUGAAUGCGAUCGAGAAACAACCGAUAUCCUCUUAUCGAUCGCUAAACAUGUAGCCAAUGCUGCGGCCACUUUGGUCCUCAAAGCUAAAGAUGUUACAGCGAAAUGUGAUCCAUCAGAUCAAGCGAAAGUAAUUGAAUCAGCUAACGAAUGUGCUUUGGCUACAAGUCAAUUGGUGACAACGGCUAAAGUGGUCUCACCAACGAUACAAAAUCCAUCUUGUCAGAAGGAGUUAACGGAGGCCUGUAAGAAGGUCGCUCGAGCGGUUGAAAAUGUUUUGAAAGCUUGUCAAUUAUCUUGUAAAGAUCCUAAGCUCAUAGCUGAUCUUAGAGAAGCUGCUGCAGCUGUUACUCGAGCUUUAAAUCAGCUCUUAGAUCAGGUCAAUAUGUAUGGUUCACACCGAGCGAAAAAAGUUACCGAAAACGAUGGUCCAGUCGAUACGAUUAUUGAUGCGACCGAUAAAUUGUUCAGUUCAACUGGUGACGCUGGUGAAAUGGUCAAACAGGCUAAAGUAUUGGAAGCGACCUCACAAUUGAUCACCGACAUUAAGGGUAAAGCGGGAACACAAUCUGACUCAGAUAUUCAAAAGCGACUUUUGGCCGCUGCUAGAGUUUUGGCCGAUGCUACAAGUCGCCUGGUUGAUGCUGCAAAAGGAUGUGCCACUAAUCCUCACGAUUCUAAAUCACAAGCAGCCUUGAAAAAAGCAGCCGAAGAUGUGGUCAACGCGACCAAUACAGCGGUUUCCAAUGCUCUUCGUAAGAAGGUCAUCAAUCGGCUGGAAGUUUGUGCCCGUCAAACGGCUUCUGCGGCCACACAGAAUAUCGCUGCCAUUCACGGGGCAGGUCAACACAAUACUAACCGUAUACUUCACGAUGAACUGGAAUUAAUCUGCUCCGAGGUUUCAGAUUCAAUGCCGUCCGUUGUUUCCGGAAUCAAAGACGUUCACACCAACCCCGAUGAUCCGGUUGCUCAGAUUCAAUUGAUCAAUGCAUGUGAAGCUUUUAUUGACCCAACCUCGCGAAUGGCCAACACCUCGAAAGCCGCUAUACCAAAUAUCUCGGAUCCUUCGAGUUCACUGUCUCUUCGUAACUCUGCUCAACAACUCGACGAGGCCAUUUCCGAAUUGAAAAUUAGCCUUAUAAAAGCACAAGAAGCUUGUUACACCUCAUUCGAGAUUGAAAAUGCCAUUGAAGCCGUCAAAGAAUUGAUCGUUGAGGUAAACGGAAAUAAAAAGGCCGCUGUUCGAGGGACACUUAAACCACUUCCAGGUGAGACGAUAGAAAGGUGUAUCACUCAGCUGAGCGUCGAUUGUAAAACUGUUGGCUCUGGAAUGGCUGAACUGUUGACUGCCGCUUCUCAAGGAAACGAGGUUCAUGUUGGUGCCGCUGCUCGAGAUACAACAAUCGCCUUAAGAGAUAUGACUCGAUCUGUAAGAGGUGUUGCUGCCACUUCAAGUGACCCAGAAUUUCAGGUUCGAACUCUUCAAAAUUCAAUUGAUGUUCUACAAAAAUCAAUCGAACUUUUUGAAGAAACAAAAUGGGCGCUAGAAAAUAUCAAUGACAAAGAACGCCAACCAAGACUCACUUACGUUGCUAAAAAUGUUUCGAAUGCUUUGAGUAAUUGUAUCAAUUCAAUGCCAGGACAUCGAGAUAUCGAUGAUGCAAUUAGAACAAUCAACGAAUCGAACACUUUGUUUACAAGUGUCUCAUCAAGUUCGAUGUCGAGUAAAAAGUCUUAUGUUGAUCUUUCGAACAAUUUAAUUGCCGCUGCCAAUCGUUUGAACGAAUCUGCGUCUGAUGUUGUCGCAAACUCAAGAUCACCAGUCAAUCUAUCAUCAUCCUCGAAAAGGUUCACAACCGUUUUCGGCUCAUUUGCCACCACUGGAAUGGAAAUGGUCGGCGGAAUCAAAGAUGAAUCGAUCAGGAAAACAAUGGUCUCGAGUUUACAAUCGAUAUCGUCGUCCAGUAGUAAAUUACUUUUAUCGGCUCGAUCGGUUUCAUCUGACCCUCAUUCGCUAUCGGCCAAAAAUACUCUUGGAGCCUCACAGAGAUCUCUUAGCGAUGCGAUAAGUAAUUUGAUAAACUUAUGUUCAACUGGUGCUCCAGGUCAAACGGAAGUCGACGCAGCUAUCAGACGAAUUCAAAUGGCUAAGCCAAUGUUGGAUAAUACUAUUGAGCCGAUUAACUUGCUUAGUUAUUUUAAUUGUCUCGAUGGUAUUAUUACAAUUUCACAGAAACUUCGUGACAUUAUGACCAACAUUGGUAACUCAGCGGAACGAUGUGAGUCUGAGACCUUCUGUAACUCUGUUCGUGAGGGCGCUGAUUCAGUUUGUGAUCUUAUUGAGACUUCCGCUCAAUCAGCUUAUUUAAUUGCUGCUGCUGAUUCAACAUCGGUCGCUGGUCGUCCAGGUCUUGUUGACAUUUCAACUUUCCACAAGUCUAACGAUGCGAUUACCGAAGCUUGCGAAAAAUUGACCGAUCGAUCGUCCAGCCAACAACAAAUCUUGGCUGCAGCUACAGCCAUAGCUCGUCAUACAUCAUCCCUUUGUAAUUCCUGCCGAUUGGCCUCAUCUCGAACAAACAAUCCAAUUGCAAAGAGACAUUUCGUCCAAUCAGCCAAAGAUGUGGCCAAUGCUACAGCCGCUUGUAAAGAGAUUAAAACGCUCGACUCACAGCCAAACUCGGAGGUCGUUCGUAAACAUUGUUCCCAAGCAACUAAGCCUUUAAUCGAGGCCGUUCAAAAUCUCACCGCUUUCGCGUCAUCUGAUGAAUUUGCCGGAAUUCCCGCUCGAAUCAGUGACAAGGCUCGACUAUCACAAUUACCAAUCACAAGUGCGGCUAAGCAAACCUGCGACUCAUUUUGUAACCUACUGACCACGGCUAAAUCGUUGAUCUUAAAACCUCAAGAUGGACCAGGUUGGAGUAUGUUGUCCACUCAUGGUGAAUCGGUUGACACUUCUGUCCAAACUUUAAUCUCUGCUCUCAAGGAAGCAGCUCCUGGUCAACGGGAAUGUGACCUGGCAAUUGAGAAAUUACGACGAAACAUUCGUGACCUUGAUUCGGCUUCAAUGAGUUUACACCAACAAACACUUUCCCCUCGAGCUGAUCAUUCAUUUAAAACUUAUCGUGAAAUUUUACACUCAACUUUACUUGAGAUCGCUGAUAAGAUUGACCCUCUUCGGGUUACAGGUAAAUGUGAGGCCGAAAGUCUUGGACACCGGGUUACCGGAUUCUCUGCUUAUUUUGAUCCAUUGGUGGACAAUGUUAUCGGCGCUAUUUCAAAGAUUUCAAAUGGACGAAUUCAAUCAACUCUAUUUAGUCAAACGAAAACUGUUUGCGAAUGUGGACUUCAAAUGGUUUUCUCGGUAAAAGAGUCGGGUGGUAAUGCUAAAAACACUGAUACUCAUGCCGAUGUCGACGAAGGGGAAUGUCUAAAAGAGGCCAUUAAUGAUCUAUCGCAUACGCUUCAAACAACCAGCCCAGGAGCGGCUCAUGUACCUGUUGUUGUCGAUUCAAUCAGUAAAUCAAUCGGACGGAUGGAUGGACGAUAUUCAUUCAGUGGUGAUCUUAUUGAUCCAAAUUUAAGUUUCGUCGAUUAUCAAACACGAAUGAUUAAUCUAUUGAGAGAGAUCACUCGAAUUGCUCAAGAAAUUAAUACAAAAUCAGUUAACAAAGAGGUUGAUCAAUUGGGUGAAUUGACUAAUCAACUUGCAUCAAACUUUUCAUCGUUAACACUAAACACUAUUGGGGCGGUUGGUACUACAGCUAAUUACGAGGUUGGAAACAGGAUUAAAAGUAGUGUCCAGGAAUUGGGAAGCGCUUGUAUCCAGUUGACCAAAGUGACCGGUGGAGUUCAAGAUGAUCCAGAUGAUUUAAGAGCUCAACAUGAUGUAACUCAGCAAAGUCACCAUGUUUGUGAGAAAGCAUCUUAUGUACUGGCCGCUCUUCAGGCCGGUUCAAGGGGAACUCAGGCUUGUAUCAAUGCGGCAUCGGUUGUUUCGGGAAUCAUUGGUGACCUUGAUACAACGAUCAUGUUUGCCACUGCGGGAACACUUAAUCCGGAAGAUCCUGACGAUUCAUUUGCCGCUCAUAGGGAAAGUAUCCUCAAAUGUGCCAAAGCGCUGGUCGAGGAUACGAAAGCAUUAUUUGUCGGCGCUGCAUCGGAUCAGGAAAAAUUGGCCGAUGCUGCUGGAAGUGCGGUUGAAGCGAUCGUUAAAUUGGCCGAUGAGGUUAAACAAGGAGCGACCUCAUUGGGUUCUAGGAACUCUGAAGCUCAGGUAUUGCUGUUGAACUCGGCAAAGGAUGUUGCCACUGCUCUAGGUGACCUUGUGAUUGCAACUAAAUCAGCCUCAGGCAAGAGUAACGAUGAUCCAACCAUGAUAUCGAUGAAGGAAUCAGCCAAGCAUAUGAUUUCAAAUGUAACAUCGCUGUUGAAAACUGUGAAAACGGUUGAAGAUGAACACCAAAGAGGAACUCGAGCUCUUGAACAGACAAUUGCGGCCAUCGAUCAAGAAUUGCGAUUAUUUGAUUCAUCGGAACCACCAAGGAAACAUUCAACUCCAGAGGAUUUGAUUCGUAUAACCAAACCGGUGACCAUUGCAACAGCUAAAUCAGUUGCCGCUGGUAACAGUGGACGACAGGAUGAUAUUAUUACUGCGGCCAAUUUGGGUCGAAAGGCGAUUUUUGACCUUUUGGUGACCACAAGACAGGCUGCUUAUGCUUCUGAUUCAAGUGAACUACGAUCACGAACUCUUGAUGUUGGCCGAGGUUGUGCUCUUAAGUAUCGACAACUUUUACAAAUGGUUCGUCAGUGUGUCCAACGGUCAUCUGGGGCCACUAAUGAAGAGAGACAGAUACUAAUUGAAAUGUCUCGGGAUAUCGCAUCUUCGGUAACUGAGAUUGUCUCUUGUGCUGAAAUGUUGAAAGGUUCAGAUUGGGUUGAUCCAGAUGAUCCAACGGUUAUCGCCGAGACUGAACUUCUUGGUGCAGCCGCUUCGAUCGAUGCUGCAGCCCAAAAGUUGGCCAGUUUACAACCACGUCGAGUCAGUAUAAAGCUUCCUCAUGAUGACAUGAGCUUUGAUGAAAUGAUUCUUGAAGCAGCUAAAUCGAUAACCGCUGCUACUGCUGCCCUUUUACGUGCCGCUUGUGCAGCACAACGGGAACUUGUUGCCGCAGGUCGACUUUCUAAUCACCCAGUUUCACGUUCUGACGAUGGUGAAUGGUCUGAAGGUUUAAUUUCCGCUGCUCGUUUAGUAGCCGCUGCAACUCACAGUUUAGUCGAAGCGGCUAAUGCUCUUGUCCAGGGUCACGCUUCUGAAGAAAAACUCAUUUCAGCUGCUAAACAAGUAGCCACAUCAACGGCUCAUCUUUUGGUUGCCUGUCAAGUGAAAGCUGAUCCAGAUUCAAAGACCAUGUUACGACUUCAAGCGGCUGGAAAUGCGGUUAAAAGAGCGACCGAUGCUUUGGUUUUGGCCGCUCAACGAGCGAUCGAGGUUAACGAAGAGACAAGUUUGGUGAUCAGUAAACGUAAAGUACCUUCAAUAGCAAUCGAAAUAUCGGCUCGAGAAGAGAUAUUGAGAAAAGAACGUGAACUUCACGAAGCUCGAGAUAAAUUGGCUGCUAUUCAUAAAGCGAAAUACAACCAAAAAGGACGCGAAUAUUAUGACCUAUCAUAUUCGGGAUCAUCUUAAUCUUAAUCUCUUAAGUAACAACAAUCAUCAGCAUCGUCAUCAUUCCAGUUCAUCAAUGAAGUUUUAUAAUCUAAAUCAUUUGCCUUAAUCUCCCAACUGAACAUCACAAUUAAAUCUGAGUAAACAACUUAACCAAUUUCACAAUUAAUAAAACGAUCAACACAUCAA